AUGGCAGACGAAGUCCUAGACAGGGAGAGCGAGGUGUUUAUGGCGAAACUUACUGAACAAGCUGAGCGAUAUGAAGGUAGGUGAAAUGUUCAUAGUUAUAAUCGGGCCGUGUCGGUGUUAAAAAUUGAGAUACAGCAAGAAGUUAUUUCGAGAAGCAACGCCAUUUUAAACAGCACGACGCUCUGAAUUUCUUUGCGCCCUUCACACAAAUCUUAGACAUAGUAUUUCGCCUUAGUUAUUUAUUUUGCAAACACGAGAGGGUGUAAGUAAAAGCCCUCGUGUUUUGUCAGAAAUUCAGUGACAGCUUUUAGAAGCCUUUGUACAGUACGUCACAAGGUUGGGUGACUGCGAUUGAUCGCAUCACGGCAUAACUGUAAGCUUAAGCUCGCUGGAUUCGAGUCAAUAAAACGCCCCCUUUUUUCCUGCCGGUUUCCACUUAAUAGCUAGCUGCAUGACAUUGUCCCUUUUCAAAAUAGCUCAAACUCCAUGACUUGCUCGGUUUAGUUCGGAUCUUCAGCAUAAUUCAGUUAGUUGUCGAGAAAUAUUCUUACAUGAAAAAAUCAUCAUGUUGUGGAGUGAACUAAUAGCUAGGGCAUAAAGUAAGGGGUUUUGAAUCAAUGACUGCCCAAGUUAAUUGAGGGUAUCUCGCAGGAUCUGGGGGCAUGCUCCACUAGAGCGUUUUGGAAAUGAGAACUGCAAGCAAUCUAUUAAAUUUUCUUUUGAGUCACUGUAGAUUGAGAGCAUUUGUGAGAGGUUAGCGGUGAAACCAGGAGGUACAAGGGUGGAAGCCUGAGUGAAGAAAAAAUAAGAGACUGAGAUGGGAUCAUUGAUCUUGUGACUUGCCGCUUUAAUGUCUCCUUUAUUGCCAGUUUUUCUCUUUCUGACAAUUGAUGCCAUAGCAUUUGGUAUGCUACUUCCUGUAAACAAACAGCUUGUUUGUUUGCUGCUGUUUGGUUCUGGGCAUUAGUUCUGCUUUUAGCUGUGAGGUAUUGCUAUCUGGAAACUCCCAAAAAAGAGGUUUCCUCAUAGUAAGUGAGGAAGAAAGUGAAAAGGCGAAGAAGCUGUGCAAUAUUUGUAGGAUGUGCCAUUGACCAGGGUUCGAAAUUCCCACAAGCUAACUUGCUAAAUGGGAGCCAAACUUGCGAUUAUCGAGUGUGGAAAAAAAUCACUUGCAUUUUCUAGCCAACUGCCUCGUAUACUGUGUAGAAAAAUUAAUUUCAAAAUAGCAAAAUGUGUCAACUUGAUCUCUGUUGGUAAAUGGGUUUUUAAAAAGGCAGCAAACUGCAGCAAAGAGUAGAAAAAACUUUCGGCUGGCCGCCAUGUUGUUUACAUCAAAUAUUGCAUGGGACUAGGAACUAGCUUUCAGAAUCCCCAGGUGUUCCUUGCUUUCGCGUAAUUCGCAGGAAAUCACAAAAAUGGUGAAAAAUGUCAGACAUUACAAAGUUUUUUGGUGCUGCUACAAGCAAUAAUAAUGGAGAAAGGAGUGAGCCACUGCCUAAAAAGGCAAAAGCCUCAGGUGUUCCGCAAACGGCUUCGUUAAAAACGGUUCGGAAGUGGGAGGAGCUUGAAAUCGAGUUGGGGAAAGAACACAAUGACGACGGAGUUGUUAACAAGAUUUGGUGUGUGGUUUGUAAAGAAUUUGGAACAGCAUGGAGACUAAAAUCAUAUGAAUCAAAACUAGAAUUGAUACAUGGAUAUUAUGAUUUUAUGCCUGGUUCUGCUAUGUAAACUUUUGUUGUAACUAUAACAAUAAAUCAGUUACUAUGAUGUAGAUAUCUCUCUACCGUAAUCAUAAAAACUACUUGAAACUUUCCUUUAGUUCAUAAAACACUGUAAAAAAUCGGCUAUUUGACUUCCGCAAAUACAUAGCAAGUGACUAUAGUCUAAAAGCAGUACAAAAACAAGCUCAGUGUUUUAGGUCAAUGAAAUUGAUAUGUCACAGGCAUUUUAAUUUUCAACAUUUCUGAUGUGUGGCUCUAUUAUUGGGGUGAAAUUGAAAAAGAUUCUACUGUUUGAGAUUUUUAAAUGUGGCCAUUGGCCGAUAUGUUAAUGGGUAACCGUAUUAAUGAGGGUUUUUAUAAGAAAAUGUAUGGCUGUUUUGCCAGGUCAAAAAAAGUGGCUGUGAUGACGAAGUGCAAGGCUGUGCUCUAACGGCGCCCGGUCGCCUGAGGCGACUAACAAUUAGCUUCGGGCGACUGAAAAAAAAUUCCCGGUCGCCUGGCCGGGCACUCUUGCUUCUAGUGCAGUGUUCAGUUAAGUGGGCAGAAAAAUUUAACAUACCAUUGUUGGCUUGUUGAGCCAGAGUUUACUAAACCCUACAGAAAAUGUUUUUAAGAAUAUUGAACAAAAGAAACGGGCGCGCAUCGAUGUUCAAAGGUCGUUCUGCGUGAUUUCACAUGUAACAUAAUACAUCACUGUGAACGUGAAAAGCGGCAUGGAUCAAUUUAUUGUACUGCUUCUUAAAAUAGCUUUAAAAUUUUUUCUUUCAGAUAGAAUGGUUUAUUAGGUACAGUUUUUAGGAGAAAUUGUUAAUACUUUUCUGACAGGCGUAGAACGCGCCUGGCGACGAGGAGUAAUUUAUUUUUGCAUAAAACGGAAGUUGCUGUAUUGACCAGUAUGCAAAUUUAAUAUUUUUACGGUUUUUGGCUGUUGUGUCUGCUUGGCUAAAACAUAACUUAUGAUUGUUUUCUUCCCUUUACAUAAGAUAACGAAAUAUCAAAAGAAAAGAUAUGAUUGUUCUGAUUGAAAACUGAAAUGUAACAGGGCAGUUCCACGUUGUCUUGGCAUUUUACAUAUAUAGGCUAAAUUUAGCGGCCAAAAAAAGAGAAGAGAAGAGCUGGUUUACACUUCGACCGUAUCCACAAAAAGCUCAAUUAUCCUAAAAGAUUCACUGAUAAUAUAGAAAAGAAAAUUAAAGAUGACUUAUUUUUUAUUAAAAUGAUAGGUUUGGGGCUGCGGCGGUUUCACUGUUUCGCGGAAUUUUUCACGGGAACUUGAGUUCGAUCUGCCGCGUAAACUCCGUCACUUUAUAUUUCAUGCUGCAUUGAUUCACCUUUCAAAAAUUUAUUUUCAAGUUUAAUAUUACUGGUAAAAAAGCACAGUUUUCCUAUGUUUGACUCAAACAUCUUAAUGAAGUUUACGUAAACCUGCUGCAAUUUUUGUUUUUCCCUCUUUAAAACCUGAACAAUUCGGCGGCAUUGCUAAUGUUUUUGGUUUUAAAUCUGAACGGCACGAAAACUUUGAUAGGUUUCAUAAGACAACGUGCGGGUUUUUGUCGCACCCAAAAGCUAAAAUUACCAAGUUUGGUGAUAAGCAGGCCAGUAAGAUUUGUGUGUGUACAAAAUACUUCUUCAUCAGAUGUACUCGGGCGACUAACUUUGAGGUCUGGCGCCUAUAGCUCAAAUGCUUGGGAGCCCGAAGGGCUCCCUGAAAUUUUCCUUAGAGCACAGCCUUGAAGUGGCUGUAUUACCAAGGUGGCUGUUAGGCAGGGUUCCACUGUAUCAGAUAUUUUAAAUUUGCCCGUUUGAAAGUAAAUGUCCCUAUAAAACAUGGCAUUAACGUUUAACAUCCAGAGCAGAAGUACAGGUUCGGUACCUGGCAUCCCCCUUUAUUCAGCAGAUUCUUUUUUUUUUUCUUUUUGUGGUUAAUUACUGGUGCCAGUAAUGCAUUAUGCCAUCUUCUGUAGUCCAUAGGUAAGCCCUACUCCCUGAAGCGUGAAAUAAGACCGACAGAAUCUGAAAUGGGUCGGGGUUUUCUUGAUUUCUUUCUUAAGUUGCUCUUUGUGAUUAACGUGCCAUGUUUAGAGAAUUAUAUUCUCUAAAGUGAUGAAUUGAACUUUAGGAUUUCAGUAAAAAUGAACAUUACUCGAUUGAAAAAUAGCCACUUUCACAAUCAACAUGGUGUCUGUGAACUGUCCAUUAUUGUCCUUGCAACAGAACUACAAUUGUAGCUUAUGAACCAAGUACAGACUAUUCAUUAUAAUUCAUUGCACCAGUAAGCACAUAAUUAUGUCCUCUCAGGGGACAAACUCUCUAGUCUUGUGUUUUGCUCAAGAAUAUACAACUUGUUUUGAAAUCUUACAGAGAUUCUGCAUGUGCUAAGGUACCACAGCAUUGUUUUUAAGAAAAAUAUAAUUUUUGUAUUUUUGCCUACUUUCUAUAGAUAUGGCAGAACAUAUGAAGAGGCUGGUGAAGACUGGCGUGGAACUUACUGUUGAAGAACGUAACCUUUUGUCCGUGGCCUACAAGAAUAAAAUUGGUGCUCGGCGAGCAUCAUGGCGCAUCGUAGAUGCCUGUCAAAGUAAAUUAAAAGAAGUAAACAGGGGUUACAAGGAAGAAAUUGAACAAGAAUUGAGGGAAAUUUGCAAAGAAAUCCUCGGUCUCCUUGAAGAUUAUCUCAUUGCCAAAGAAUCGUCUGGCACAGCAGAUCCAAAAAAAGCAGCUGAAGCAAAAGUUUUCUUUCUGAAAAUGUAAGUAUUCUGUAAAUACUGAAGAUUGCAUAUUCUGCAAGACCUUCCAUCUUAAAAUCUCUUAUACUUUAACAAUUUGAUCUUUAUUGUAAAACAAUAUUAUAACGCAUGUAUUACACAUAUAUUUAGCCUGCGUAGUAAGCGUUUACAGUCGAGUUGUUAAAGCGGGAGCAAAAAAAAAAUGGGAGGGGGAGGGGGAGGGGAGAAGAGGAAACGCUUGCCCGCAAACCCCACGAUUCUGGAAAACGCCCCUUGAUAUUUCACGGUUCGGUUCAUUUGUAAAUUGACAGCUCAUCAAGAUAGAUAACGAAUAGAUUACCAGAUUUGAAAAAAUUACUUUGUUCCCUAAAACACGCUCCACGCGAUUGUAAAACUGUAAUAAAAAGAAGCUUUACUAUAAAAGAAGGUUGAAACUCUAAGUGAUUGCUGCGGAAUUUCUUAUUCUUUAUAGUUGAGUUAAAAUUUUAACAUUAUGUGGCUUUAUCUCAUCUGAAACCUUGUCAAAACGUCGCAAAGAAAUGAUUUGUCCGGAACAAUUUAAUCUGCUGGCUAUGAGUUUUGCAGAGCAGCUGCUCUCUUUAGGCCAGCCAGUGUCGAAAAGUUCACUACAAUACAUGCCGCUCAAUUUUCAAUCACUUGUCCAUGGGUGCUCUAGCUAGUGUCUAGUACUCGAUGUUCUGAUUUACAUUGAUGUUAUCUCCAACAAACAGUCCAUUUUUUCCACUCAGAUACGCACCCCGUCAUUUGAAAUAAAUUGGCCUUCACUGGUCUCCACUGCUCGAUCUCCAAUUGUACUUUUGAUUCAAGGGACUUAGAUCUGAUAAACCUUCGCACAAACAUGAUUCAAAUAAAUAUCAGACUAAAGCAUUUGUAAUCUGCGACCACAAAUCAGAUCAGACCAGACCUGUGGCGUACGUAAACAAAACAUACCUGGUUUGAUUGAUGUAUUGAUUGCUAUUUAAUCAACACUACCAGCACCGCACCAAUCAAAAGCUGCCUUUGUGGGCGAACGGAGUUUUUCAAAAUCAUGGGGUUUGUGGGCAAGCCUUUCCUUCACUCCCUCCCCCUCUCCCCUCAUUCCUUCUUUUUUUGCCCUUGUUCUAACUUUCUCGACAAACUUGCGCGGAAACACUUGCUAUGCAGGCUAACAUAUAUUUAACUUUAUUAUGAUAUUAUUUUUUUCAGCGGUCGUAUCAUCUGACAUGUGUGUCACAAUGGUUUCAGCCCUAAAUCAAAUUUUAGCCCUUAGCGGCUAAAAUUUUAUUUUUGAGCAAAUUGCAAAUGUAAAAGAAAAAAUUCAUAAUUGCAACUAUAGGAGUCACAAUUUCGAGCCCUUUAGUGACACUCAUCACAGGUGUUUAGGUUUAUUGGUUCUAAUGAAAAAAUACUGAAACAGUUCUUUGUACUUCAAUGUUAGAAUUUUUAACUGGGCUGCCUGUGGCCAACCCAGUUGGCCAGCCCAGUUUAUAAAAUAUGUUCCAUUUUCUUCGUGGAAGGGGUGGAGGUGUGCCUUCCGGCUCUCCUAUAUCAGAACAAUAUCCAUAAGCCUGUUUAGGUUAAUUAAUGUAAAGGAGUAAUCCCCCCCCCCUUCCCCCCACCAGAUUUAUGUUGUCACAAUGAACACUAUCAAUUAUUAACUUAGAAACAAUAAAGCAUGUUAAGCAAAGGCAACCAUUAGAUGAAGAUGUGUUUUUGAAGCUAGCGUACUGCACUUUUUCAUUGUCUCCUUCCUCUAUAAAGGAACUAAAUGCUCUUCUGACUAAUUACUGGGCUGCCCGGCAAGCCCAGUCAUAAAUUCGGUUUUCGGUCAUCUGUGGCAAAAAACGGCCUCCCGGGGGAGGGAAGACACGAGGGUCUGGUACCAAGAAACGAUGUUCUCAAAAAUGGUUUCAUAUGAUUUUUCCUUGCAUCGAGCCUUGCACGGAUACUUUUUGUACCUCGUCUCCGCUCCCCCUGAAAAACCCACAAGGCGUUGCGAACCUGAUGAAGGCUAUUUACGUUGUUCGAAGCGAUUCGAUCGUAGUUUUUAAUUAUAAUUUUUUUAUUGUUCGAGUUUAACCCUUUCACUACUAAAGCGGCCAAAAGCGGCCGGCCGGAAAUGGCCACAUUUUUCCUAGAGCGGCCAAAAGCGGCCACGAGAAAAGGGUGCAAAAAAAUGCGCUGUAUACCCUAGGUAAGGCAGUCUUUGUCAAUAUUGAUUGUUCCAUUGUUAUGGGCAGGCACAAACCAAUCAAAUCAGGAGAAGUGCGCAUACAAAACUAUUGCAUGAGGCGAGUAGUGAAGGGCCGAAGUUUGGCUUCGCUCCAAGACGUACGUGCGUGAACCUUCGCACGGGAUUCGUACACUGGAUUUCUCUUAUGCCAUAAAACACACCAAAAGCCAGAUGGUUGAGCAUUUCCUUCUUUUGUCUAUUUGAUUUUAAAAGAAUUUCGUUCGCUAGUUAUAAUAUAAUUAUAGAUAUUCAGUAGAUUUGAACGUGCUUUAGGCUUGUAUUUUAUCUUUGUUUGUCAAUAUGGCCGCCGCCGAAUCAAUGCGAUUUUUGGUUCUGACGAUGAUAGUAAGAGUAAUUUAAGUUUUAGUGAUGUGAAUGUUGAUGCAGACUUAUCUGACAUUGAAGUGUAAGAAUUUUCUAAGGAGGAAAGCGGCGAAAGUGAGUCUGAAGACAGUAAAAGCGACAACAACUUAACCGCAAGUGAUAAACCUGAGAGUUUCAAUUUCAGAUGUUUACACUUCUCGCAUGGGCGGCGUGGAUCGUGUUGAUCAGCUUCGUUCUAUUUAUUUGUUUGGGGUAGCAGUCAAAAAAGGGGUAUAGAUACAUAUUUUGGUUCCUCUUUUAUGUAUUUGUUUGUAAUGCUUUUGUUCUUGAAUCGGAACGCAUUGGAUCGAAGCGCAAAACACUUGAUUUCAAACUUGACCUCGCACACCAACGAUCGAUGGUUUAUUGCAAUGAAAGCGAAAGCGUAGAUGGAACAAAAUUCCAAACUGAACCAUGCUGUACCCUCAAAUCAAUAUGUUUCAGCUUGUAUGGAGGGCAGAAAAAGGAAAUGUAUACAGUGCAUAAACAGGGCGAAGAACCCUCAAGGGCUAAACACUACAAAGUGGAAACAAGAUACGAAUAUAGCAUUUUGCAACGUAGCACUAUGCCGAACAGGCUAUGACAAUGCCUUAGUCUUGCACAGUUAAAACUGGCUUUGUGAACACAAAUCUGGCAUAUUUGUUAUAUUCUAAUAAUUUCCCUUGUUUUGCUGUAAAAAAGUAAGCCAUAUUGUGAUGGAUUACAAAGAAAUUCUCAUUCAAAGUCUGACAAUAGGAACUGCAAAUGGCGGCAAAUUUGAAUUAUUUUUCGUUACUUGCGAUUUUAUCUUAAAUAUCUUGUGAAUGCAGGGAUAGUUAUCUUUAUUAAUUGUUUAGACUUAUACAAUGACUUCUUGGCUUCAUGUCUGUGUAAUUAAUUGUGUGAAACAAGGCUCUGAAAUCUACUGAGCAUGCAUGUUUUGAUUAAGUAUCACAGCCAUCUUAGCUCCUUGAUAAUUGUUCAGGAAGAUGGGGGGUUGGGGGCCAAAAGCCUGUAGUAGUGAAAGGGUUAAGUCAGUUAGAUGAUGUUGGCGCUGGGAAACUCAGAGAAAUGCUCACGUUGCAUACAAACCGACACGCCGUUCACGGUAGGUUCACACCAAAAGAUGACUGUGAGCGUCAGGUUUGGAACGCCGGGGCCGCUUUGUGAACUCAAAGAGAGAAUUAUCGAUCGAUGUAGUACUUGAGCAAGCAGCUUUAAGAAGCACAAUUUAUGAGCAAAGUAUUUCACUAGUUGACGACACUAUGGCUGAAGACUUUUGUAAGCUGUCGUAGUCAGUGAAACAAACAACUCAGUUGCGGAUGAAUGUGAGAUGAAUCCUGAUGUUACGCCAACCAUGAGCAAGGGACGUGACAACUUUCCCAUGUUAGAAGACUGGCUUUUCCUUUAAAUAUUUCCUUCUAUUUAAUUUGGAGGUCUAAAUUUCGGAUACUGAGGAUAAAGAAGACACAGACAAAAAUAGGAACUCUGAGAAUUUCGUACACAAGUUCAAGGCUUGACUUGGGGGAAAUAGGAGCUAUUACUGACAAGGUUUGGUGACUGAGUAGAGCAUACAAGUGUAGCCCAUGUCGAGGUUUCAGGGAGUUUGCUUUUGUUUGUAUCUGUAUCUUGCUAAACUUUUAUCAUUAAAUUUGUACAUGAUCUUGGGAUCACAAUUCUGUGUUUUCGCCCAUUCAGCAAGCACGCUAUAUUGAUGUCAGCAUUAGCGAGUUCCAUAAACAUGCCUUUGAAAAUUUUCAGCUCUCGUGAUGUUUCUUGAUAUUUCUUCUACCAUUUUAUGGAGAUGUAAACUGAAGUCGCCGCAAAAUGGAAACUUAAAAAAGCGUAUAAUCCAUUUAUCUCGAAACAUAAUACACAUGACUUAUAUGACCUUUAUUUUCCUAAUGGUGUUUUGAAUACGAACAAACACAGUCAAUGUGAGGGGAAAAAAAAAACAGCAGUAAUAUACUCAGUAAAUGAACCAUAGGGUUUUAACUAAUAUAAAGGUCAAUUAUUGUGCAUUGAGAUGAAUCGCUUGAUAAUAGAGACUUCGCUUGAAGAUGUGAUCAGAAGUAAACAAAGUCACAAUAGUGCGUCACGUUCAGUCAUUUUAAUAUCCAAGGACUGUGAAUAGUGAUUCUGUGACCCCCCACGGGAUUUCAGGGAAUGAGGUGAACGCACGCACACGGCACGCUCACACGCUAAAACAAAAGAACUAGCUUUAAACACGUUAGCUGCGUGUUAGGUACUUGCCACAUUAACAUCGCAGCCAUUGUCUUCCUUUGCGUGGUAGAGACAAAGGAACGUGUUAAGAUCUUGCUUGCAACUUUGCACGGUAUAACACGAUCAUUGUGUCAAACAUAUAGGUUGCUUUUUGAAGUUAAAGUUGCUUUCGAUUUGUACAAGCACUACGUCGUAAGCUGUAAGGCUUUCUAUUAGCUCACCAAUACGAUUCUAGUUGUCAAUAUCCAGUGCAACAUCAAUCAAUGAAUCAACGAACAGAAUGGAAUGUCUCGACUUGUUGUCCGUUUAUUUAAUCCUGCGUUUGAGUUCUUCCUUGAAUUUCGAAUUCCUCGUUUUUUUAAAACAGCUUGCCAAACACAGGCCGAACGAGAGCAAUGUCCUCUGCUCUUCAAAUUGUAAACUUGUGAAGGUAGCAAGCACAAAUGCAUAUAACUUUGACAAGCGUAAGCUUUAGUAUGAGAGCGAACGUGUAAGAUGCAAAGCGAAUCCUUCUUCUACUUCCUUUGAUAAGUGAGGGAUUAUCCAGCUAGGAACUGUUCAACCGAACGGACUAUCGAUUUCAGCUUUAUUGAAACUGAGAAUUGCAUUUUCAUGUAGACUGUAGACCGCAAAUUAGGAUCCUCUAUUUACUGCACUUUUCACAAACAUGCGAAUUCUGAAGUUCAGAAGCCAACCGACGAUUCCAUUUUCACUGCUGUCAAUCAUCUUAUCUUAACGGACCUCUUAGGAAACAAAACUUUACUCAACGGGUUCAAAAGGUCAUGGUUUGUGAUUUGUGGAGUUCAAUCCGUUUUGUGUUUCUCUGUUUCAAGGUUCUCUUUUUAUCGUAUUGCGAUUUUUGCUCUGUGUGUGAAAAGUCAUUCCUUACAGGAAAGGCUUUAAAUGCAAUAUGAGACAAAAACAAAACUGAAAUGUAAUUUGCUUGGUCAGUUUUAAGAACCAGAAUUGCAUGAAAAUAGUGCUAAUUGUUUCCUGCUUAGAAUGGCUAACUUGCUUAUUUUUAUUCAUAAUGGUGGAAUUUAAAAGUUACUAUACAGCCCCAACUUAAAAAUGGUACUCAUUUUUCUUGUUACAAAAGUCUUUCAAAAAGGUUACAAUGUUCAAAUGAGUUUAUGUUUCACUCUCAGGAAAUUCUGUGUCACGCAGUGGUAGGCGACAAGGUUUUAUGGGAGCCUGAGCGCGUACAGCCACCCCCUCCCCUCACAAAAAAUUGCCCCUUGGCAGCCCAGUUAAAAUUGACAUUCGGCGAUUCUUGUGUUUUUUUUUUCAAACAGGAAGGGUGACUACUAUCGAUAUUUAGCUGAAAUUGGUAAAGAAGAAAAGUCCGAGGAAAAUGAAAAAGAUCCAGCUCAAAAAUCAGCAUCUGAUCAUGCUCUAGAUGCCUACAAAGCUGCAGUCGAAGAAGCUAAUCAUCUUCCUACAACAAGUCCUAUUCGCUUGGGUUUGUACUUAAACUACUCUGUAUUCUUUUAUGAGCUCUGCAAUAACCCGACGAAAGCCUGCGAACUAGCCAAAACUGCCUUUGACACAGCCAUUGCUGAGCUUGACACCUUGAGUGAAGACUCAUACAAGGACAGCACUUUGAUUAUGCAGCUUUUGAGGGACAAUUUGACACUGUGGACAUCAGACCAAGGUAUGCAAUGUCAAUAGACCCUGUUUUCACCAUACCUACCCUCUAUCCACCUGCCUAAGGUACUGAUGUGUUAAAACGCAAUGUCAGACAUGGUUUUCUCAGUGGGCAAACAAGUGAAAAAAACCUUGUCGGUGCAAAAAAUCCCUGUCGAGUUUGUUUAUUCUAAACAACAGAAAAUGAAGAACUUUUCAUCUAAAAGACGGUCAUGGCAAAUUAAAAGUGAUCAUUGUUACUUCUUUGGAUGAUUAAUUUGGAGCGAAAGGACCUGAAGGUGGAAGGGCCUAUGGCCUAAAAGGGGAGCAUUGCCUUGGAGGAAAGCAUGGCUACCAGUGAGCGCCUUUGCAAUUUUGUGCAUAGCCUGCAUAGCAUGAUGGUUCUGAUGAGGCAUGCCAAUAAGCUAAGACCGGCAAAGCCACUGAAACUUUGAGGAGAUUGGGGUACUAAGAAGCAACGAGAAACUGCCUGCUCAGACUGGCGGCCUUUUUGAGUAGUCCGUAUGCCAGCGUACAGAUCAUGCCGAUUGGAUCAGAAUGUAUGCCCCUCAAUCAAAUAUUUGGAAAUUUCCCAUGGGAGGUUUCCAACUGACUGAACAAUCUUCUCCCCAAAACAAAAUCAAAAUAUCAAAGAAGCAUUGACUGGAGUGUUGUCGAUCUUGAAUAUUUGACCGGGAAAACAGAGCUAUUGUAUUAAGCCUAAACAGGAAAUGGCCAAUUACAGUCAAAGUCAUGGAAGAGGUUAUGGCAUUGAAUUUUGUCAGCAUGUUUUGGUAAGAGCAUGAUCUUUACUGUCUUUGCUCUGGCCAAAGAAGAAAAAUUAAUGCCCUCAUCGAAAACCUGAAAUUGUAAUUUUGGCUCUAAAAAGUAUUAUAGACGACUCAAUUUCGGAAAUGUUGUCGCUUAGCUAUACAGCAAUGGAGCUUAUGACGGAAACAGUAAGUUUGCUUGGAGAAAGUCCCCCUCAAUUUUCCCUAUCCCUUGGUGUUAGAAAAGGCAUAAAAGAAAACAGUGCACUACAUCGAAGUGUCAGUGACUGUGGUCUAUGAAUCACACACAAAGACACAGCGUAAUUCUCAACAGUUGGUGUAGCUUUAGUGUAGCUUUUGGUGUAGUUUUUCAACUCUUCUCAGUUCCUUGACAAUAGAUGUCCUCACAGUAAACAAAAUGAUAGAAAUCUCAUCAAUACUCAAACUGUAGAUUUUGCAUGAUUAUCAAUCAUCGUCUCAUUAUAAUAGAAUAAACAAACUAGACCGUGAUUACUCAUUGGCAAAUUUUAUCACUUGUUUACCCCCUGAAAUGCCACCUGGCAUUGCUUUUAUCCCAUCGAUCCCUAAGCAUGUGUAAAGUCAAGGCCUCUUGAAGCUGGCUUUUCAAGUUCAGUUAGUUGGUUAUUACAGCAACGUUUUCGGUCAAAAAAUAAAGUCUAGGGACCAUAACUUGUGUAUCAAUGUAAGUCACUUAAGCAAUGAGAGUGCUGAUAUCCUGGACGUCAUUAAUAGCAACCGGGAGUUUGAUGUCUCACUGAUUCUGUCCCAUGCAUCGAAUCUGAAUUCCUUUGGUUUAAAUCCCACGGUACAAAUUGUCAAGUCAGAGCACUGAAAGAGAGAAAAUAUCAACUUCUGGUUGCCAUUUUUGGCAUCCGCGACAUCAAGAUUCUGGUUGCUUAAGGUCCCCAAUAAUACUGAUAAUAACCAGUUCAUAACAUACAUAUAGUCAAUAAUAGGAAGCUUAUAAAACAACCACUACAAUAGUAACAAUGAGCAUUUCAAAAAAGCAAUGGUUUUUAUGGGCAAAACAACAGCUGUUCAUGUACAUCACACUUUUUGGUACAUUUCUUUGAAUUCCACUGCACGUUUAUGAUGUCAAACUUCCUAGUGUCCCUUUGUAACUUGGAUACUGUCCUUAAGAACACCCUAAAGGCCGAUUUAGACAGUGCAAUUUUUGAUUAUGACUAUCGCAGAUGACUUUGUUUAUGACAUGACUUACGACCAUCCACACACGCACGAUUGUCACGUAGGACAGCCUGGAAUAACGCAAGCAAUGUCACAAAAGUGGCUGACAUCAGAUUUGUGUCGGCCAUGGCUGUGUCUUGUUUUCUUUCUGAAAUAGUGUUUUGGCAGUUAAAUAAAAGGUCUUCCCCACUCCACAGUGAUCUCAGGUGUUCCUUUUCUUCUUCAGUCCAAGACAUCUUGCUGGCUGAGGUUGAUUUAUGACAGGAAACAGUGACUUUUUCUGAGUCUGCCAUUUUUGUACAUGCAGAUCAUGUAAUUUCCAGUUCAAACAUGAAAAGCUAAAUAUGUGCAAGCGACUUCUUACACCCUCCCAUUCUCAUCUCAAAAUUUGUCACUAAAAGCUCAUAACAUGUCUUUUCUUUAUUGUGUAGUUCCAGAAAAUAUCCAGACCCCCACCACAGAGGGAAUUGGAAAUUCCAGGGGGGUGGGGGGGUCAGAGGCCCAGGAAAUUCCUGAAGGGAGGGGGUUUGGACCAUAAAAUCACUUUCCAGGGGGGCAAUAUCAUUUCGUUUUCGACCUGAGUUCGAACAUUGCUUCUUACCGACUUGGUAGAUCAUUUUUAGGACAUAAAUAACUUGAAAUAUAUGACUUAAGAUUGUUCCUUUUGAUCUCAACCAGGUUUCCUUUCUUCCAAAAGCGUUUUGGAUGUAAUUUCAAAGGAAUUAGACCGACUACAACUCGUUUUAUCGCAUGCUCGUAUAUUCGGCCACCAUUACUCGUUACCAGUCUUCCUCAACACAUCAACGCGUGCAACACAUCACGCAACACAUCACUUUGCGUCAUGAGUCGAUUGAUAGAUCAGAAGAGUGGCAAUUUUGCUUCACAAAGCACAAGCUAUGCAUUGCAACCAUUUUAGAAUGUUGAGUUUUCAUUCUCCUUUUCAUUUUCCCUUAAUUUUGUGGUUGAACGUGUCGCAUGUUCGUGAUCGAAUUCUCGCUGAAAUGGUGUCAAUUUCACCAAACAUUUAUACGGCCAUCGCGCAUCACGUCGCAUUAGUCGAUCGAAAAAUAGUAAAUUGAACUUGGUUUCCCUUCAAGUACCUUCAAGAUGCAGGGGGUAUUCAUUGUUAUCGUUUCAGAAUUCAGAGUUUUUAUUCUCCUCUUUGUUUUACAUUAAUUUUGUGGUCGUAAGUUUGACUUGUUCUGCAUUCCCGCACGAAAUGGCGUUAAUUCUAUCAACAUUACGCCCAUGAGACGAAUAACAAGUCGUAAGCUUGCCCUGAUUAAGGUGAAUUCACAAAUAUAACCGACUUAUUAACUUUCUCUCUUUCAUUUAAAGUAAGAGAUGAGCAACAAUUACAGAUCAGGUUACUUUGUGGCGGUGUAGUGUGUUUUAAUGUUGCAAGAUCACUCAAAUAAAUGGAAACAGAAGCAUACAAGCUUCUGAUGGAAACCGUUGGGUACUAACCAUAAGUUGCUUCAUUCUUCUAAUAUAAUAGUCUUUUCUCGUGAAAAUAAACUUUUCCAGAGGGGUUGGGGGGUCUUUGUCACACUUGUGGAAAUUCCGAAGGGGUGGGGGGUCAUCAGUUCCCUGCAAAAAUGGAAAAUCCAGGGAGGUGGGGGGGUCCUAAGUGAAAUUCCCUCCGUGGUGGGGGUCUGGAUAUUUUCUGGAACUACACAUUGUUUGUGGUUACCAUUGUCGCACAAACUUUAAAACAUGUUUCAAGUUGCUACAACAUUUUUCGAGUGGUGAAGAUCUGUUGUGUGGAUGUCCUGGGUCUAAUUUACACAACACAAUGUGUCGUGAAGUCAUGACAUAUACUAGUUGUUUGCCAUAGUCAUAAGAAAUAAACCACCUAACCUUAACAGUAUCAGUAAAGGAUCAAAAGGAGAGGUUUCAGGAAUUAAUAAAAUGAUCACUUAAGGGAAAAUGCUUUCAUUUUUUAUCAAAUUCUCUCAAUUAAUUUUUAAAGGAAAUGUUUGGAGAUCAGUCUGGAUACAUUGUGGGUAGAUCAGGGUUUGCAAAUUUUAUUGAUGAGUGGAGUCAGUGUGACUUCCGCUUCACAAAUUUUGGAGUCAUUUUGGAAUAUUUGGAGUCAAGUAUCACAAUGAAAAAAGCCAUUUUCAGACUUUCCAGCACGUGGUCCUGGCAUGUAUACACUAUCGUGAGGGAUACACGAAGUAGCUGUGGCAGUCCGCUGACCUGGAAAGCUCAAAUCCAUGAUGGCUGUCAUUGAGUAAUUUACCCUCUUCCUGUUUUACUUUACUUUCGAUGAUUUUAUUAAGGUUUACAACAUUUACAAUAAUUAACAUAAAUUGUAUUUGUUGCGAAAAAGGUAAGGACAAAACUGUGUUUGUUACCGAAAAUUUCCGGAGUCGAAGUGGCUCCCUGUUUGUUACCGAAAAUUUCUGGAGUCGAAGUGACUCCCUCCGUAACCUCAGUGGAGUCAUCUGAACAAUUUUGGCAUAAAAUACGCCAAAUUUGGCGUAUUUGCGAACCCUGGUAGAUAUUGGGAGUUAAAUGGUUAACUUCAAGAGCCUUUUUUUGGUGUCAGUAAUAUUUCAUUUAUUUUCUUUGACAAUACUUGCAGAUGCAGGAGAUACCAAAGUCGAAGAUUUGGAAGAUGCUAAAUAG